GCUCAUUGGCCUUUUCGUGAGUCUCAAUACUGAGAGAGGUGUGGUGAAAGCUGAUCUGAGAAACAGCAAGUAAAGGCAAUUUUUUCGUUGUGUAGUUUUUAAAGAAUCUUCUGCAAGCUACAUGUACAGGUAAUAAAUAAGAUGUGCUUUAUUAAAACCGAUUAGAGAUUUUGUGCGAACAGAAAAAGGAACCAGAGGAACAUGUUUGUGGAGACUUCAGGCCAGGAAUGCAAGGCUUUUUUGUUCAGACAACAGCAUCAGCAGUGAAAUAUGCCUUCUGCAGCUUUCUUUGUACAUGUGAGGGCAGACGUCACAGGCUUGCCACUGUAGUUUCCACUUGUCUCUCGCAAGGCUUGCCGGCAGAAGAAAGGAAGAGGCGUGUGUUUAAAAUGUGUGAUAUAUGCUGAAGAUAAGGACAGAACAUGACAGUGCUAGGAGAAGAGGGACUUCAGUUCUGCAAGAAGACACCACUGCUAUCCAUUCUGGAACAAACAGCAACCUCUUUCUUUCGCUGAAAACCAAUCCUUCGAUCAUGACUUUCCAUUUGGAAGCAUGAACAAUCUGGAUCAGAACCCCCUGAACUGCCAGUCUAGUAGCAGGAUUUCUCCUGCAAGGUCCACCAGCAGCAUUGACCAGUUUACCCACCAUCAUGGCAAAGGAGAUUCCGCCUACAGCUCUUUCUCAGGGGGCUCCAAUGCUCCAGACUACUCCUCUCCAUGUCUGCCUGAGGAAAUGCACUCUCACAGCUUGCAGUAUGUUGACCAUAAGUACGUGAGAGCAGUCUUUAACCCUAAUGUUUUAAACCCUGACCCCAAAGGCAUGGAUCAUCUUUACAAAUCGAUGGAAACAUUCAACAUGCAAUGCCAUCAGGACUUUAAUACCCAGUCUGCCACCAAUCAGGGUUACAAGGAACCUCCACAACCACCGGCACGCAUGGAUAGUUUUUUAACAAUCAGAAACCUGGAAAAUACCAAGCUGUGUCAGGGUCCUGAGGGACAGCUGCAGCAGAGGACUCGGACAGUUUCUAGUCCUGAUAUUGUCUAUUGUAAACCUGGCUCUGCUCGGAAGGUAUCUCAGGCAAACCAGAUCUUGCCUGUCAAGGACUAUGUCCGCUGCGAGGGUGCAGAUCAGGCCUCCUCCCAAAAGCUGGAAAUGAAAAAUUUCACAAAUAUUUUAAGCAGAUCACCUCCGUCAUUUAUCCGGCAGGAAUGUUUAAGGAAUAACACUGGGAGUGCGGCCAGCAGUUCAGAAAAGCAACAGCGGAGUCCUCUCUCAGCCCAGGCGUUUGAACAGACCAGUUCGCAGUCAAGGAACUCGACGCAAGCAACCCAGAACAUGGUUAAUGGAAACAUCCAACACAAAGGGCAAUAUUAUUUUGUUACUGGCGUAUGUAAACCUUCAGAACCCAGUCUUAAGGAUAGUCUUUCUGGUGUUAAUGCAAGGGAGAGUAAGGGCCGUUCAAAAGAGGAUCAUGGACAUUUGAAAAACAAAGAGGUGUCAUUUAAUUUCAGGAACGAUCUUCCAAAUCAAUCUCAACAUAAACGGCAGAGCAGUUAUGAGAUCCCAGGUGUACAUGGCCUGAAGGUUUACAAUGAAAGCCAGAGCAUGCAGGCUUGGAACGGAGAUCAAGGCUACAGCAAUGGAAGUGCGCAUAGCUCAUCACAAACGUCACCCCCGAGAAUAUCAAAGGUGCCUCGGUCUCAUAGCUCAGAAGUCCCAGAGCCAAACCCGAAGGCUCAGAGUCGAGAGAUUGGCUAUGAAUUUCGCCGGCACCACAGCAACAGCCAUCAUAUUUUUUACUGCGGACCCGAGGAAAGUGACCCUCCCAAACAGAAGGAGCCCGUAACCAGCAAGGAUGGGAGCUCUGCUCGGUGUGUGGGGUUCAUUAGUAACAACGGGGACAGGGGGAAACGGCAGCCUUUGGGUGAUGUAGCCAAUGAUAAGAUCAACAAAGAAAUGACUCCUAUGCUUUACCAUUUAACUGGGGAGAGUGGUGGUGCCUUCACGUACAAAACCAGAAAUGAAAACGAGCUGGGAAAUUGGAAAUCGGCAAGACAGAGCAGUGGCCCCUUCUCAAAGCACAAAGAAGCAUCUGUGGUCGAGCCGGCCCAUCCCAUUUCCAGGAGCUUCCGUCUGUCUGAAGGAGCUGAGGAUGAAAACCAGGACCAGGGCGACACUCUCUGUAGCUCAGGCUCUUCUGUGGACGACUCGUACAACAAAUAUUACAAAGAAAAAUUAAAAGAUGCUCAGACCAAGGUCCUACGGGAGACCUCUUUCAAGAGGAAAGACCUUCAGCUUAGUUGGCCCCACAGGAUUAAGCAAAAACCAUCAGUGAGACCCUCCGUGAUACACUCUAGGGCAAGCUCUCUAUCCAGUGCCUCGGACAUUGGAAAUGACAACCCUGUGCACGCAGGACCAGAAGCCAAGGGUAAGAAGGAAGAAAAAAAGCUCCAAGAUUCUCAACCCCAGCCAGCACGUAUUGGAGCGAGAAAGCGACUAAAACCAGAGCAAAAGAAACUGUGCUACUCUGAACCCGAGAGGCUCAAUCAGCUGGAGGAUUUACACGGCCAGUCAGGGCAUCGUCCUGCAGGGAAUGAAGAAGAGCCGUCCCAGGAGGAUUUUAACGAGCAGGGCACAGUGGCUUCCAGGAGAAAGGUGUUUGAAAAAAGAGGACGAACCCUUUCGGUAUCAAGCAUCUCGAAGAAUGAGCUGAAGCAGAUCCAGCAUAAUGCGCUCGUUGAGUACAUGGAACGCAAAAGCGGGCAGAAACCCGCUGGUCCCCAACAAGUGCCUUCUCAAAACCCUCAGAGGCUCUCCACACCUGGGAGGCUCACAGACUGGGGGGUGACUUCCUCUACAGGGAGUGGCACCCAGAAACAGAAGAGGCCUAGACCUCUUUCUGCAGGAAGAGUGCUGGAUUCUUCCUCGAGCUCCAUUCGAUAUGCACGCUCACCAGGCUUCCAGUCCAUCGAAUCCCAAAACCAGCCCAAUAGAAGACAAUCUGCCACGCAAGCUCCUGGCAAAUCAGCCUCCAUGGAAAGUCUGCUUGACCAACCGGAGAGAAACGGAUGGAGGGCAAGAUCAAAGUCUUCGUCUUCGCCAGUUCAGAUUGACAAGAACACACCUGAUACUUCACCUCUCCUGGACAGUACCAGCUACAGCCACCAACAGAAGAACGGAGGAGAUAUUGUAAAAAAACCUGUGGACACCAGCCGGGAAGAACACCAAGUCCGAACUGUGAGUGAAAGAAGGGGAAAGUCUAUGGAGGAGCUUGGCAUCUCCGCAGUCUCUGGGCCCGCGGUACUGAGCAAAAGCUCUGAACAGCUUGACCAAAUACAGAGCAGAGAGAUGCCCAGACAACCUCGGAAGAGUUUGGGAUGGGAACAGAAAAACCAAAGCAGCAGGGCAAAGGUACCGGAAACGACCAGGAAAUCCGAAAGUGAAGUGCCUCCUUUUAAGAAAGACUUGAUUGAACCAAGGAGCAAGGAGGAGCCGGAGCCGGUUAAAGCAUCCAGUGCUUUUGAAAGACACCCAAAUGCCUUGAAGACCCUCAGCUUUCAGGGUGUACCAUGCAAGACCCCCUCCCCGCCCCAGGGGAGCUCUCCCUUGGGGCCCCCUGUGUCUGGAUCACUCCAUUCUGGUCUUUCAUGCAAAGCCCCUAUGGCAGACAGUGUGUUCUUCAACGAUCAUCCCUCACCACAGUCACUUGAUUGCAUGGAGCUUCCCGAGAUUGAACCUGGCUUGGCGAACACAGGACCAUCAUCGACUGAACUCCUGCAUACAAGGUCUGAGAAGGGACCCGAUGAGAAUGAACCAAGGGGCAGGUUGAAGACAACUCAUCCAGUGCAGUGCUUGGAAUCAGGCAGUGUGGGGGAUCCCCACCAGGACUGUUUGUAUUGGGAUUCCACUCAGGCAUCCUCUCCUGCCAGCGACAGUGGAGUCAGGACUGAAUCGAGCACAUCCUCCCCUGCAAAGCAUGCAGAGAGCGCAGCAACUGAGGGACGCAGCGAAGGAGCAAAGCCACCAUUGAACAGUAGUACCAAUGCAAAGGACUCUGCCACCCAACUGCCAGUGCCCCCGACUGGGGAGAUGUCAUCGGUUGUCCCCUUAACAGCCCCAGCGGGGGAACCUGUUCAGGAUAACAGCAUUACAAACAAAGCAAAACCAGAAAAUGAGAUGGAAGAUAAGACAGGGCCACACAAUCCCUCCCUCACCAAACCCCCCUCCAAAUUGGCAGUGGAGCAGAGAUGGGAGGAGCUGGCUACAGCAAUAGUCGCCAAGGAUCUGUCCCUGGCUGAAGUCCUGGUCCCAGAAUCCAACAGGAAAACAACUUUGAAGCUGAUGGAACAGCUUUUGUCAGAUGACACGUUGCUGACGGAGGAAUAUUACAAGAGGAAGGAAGCAAGGCGGCAGUCGAAGGAAAGCGAUGAAAACCCUGAGAAGUCUGAUUCAAUCCCCCUUGACACCCCUGGGACAGAACUACUGGCCAAUACAAGUGAAGAACAGAAAACAACCCAGGACGCCCAAGGAGAUCCCAGUGACGUAACAGAGAAGAAAAAGGCGCUGAUUGUGAAUAUCAAGUGGAAGCUGCAGUGCCUCGAGGAGCAGAAGGAGGAGCUCGGGGCUGAUCUCCAGAGGAACAGUGUGCUGGGCGUCUCUGUGGAGACAGCGGUCAGGAACAGCUGCAGACCCAUUGAGUACGAGAGGUACACGCUGUUCAUCGGGGACCUGGAGAAGGUGGUCAACCUGCUGCUCUGCCUCUCCUCCCGGCUGGCCAGGGUGGAGAACGCUCUGAGCCAAGUGAACCAAGCCACAGACCCAGAGGACAAGCAAUCCCUGAAUGAAAGGCACAGGCUGCUGUGCAGACAGCAUGAAGACGCAAAGGACUUGAAGGAAAACCUGCUUCGAAGGGAGCGCGUUGUUUCAGAGAUCCUCUUGAAGCAUCUGAGCCAGCAGCAGCUCCAGGACUAUAAGCACUUUGUCAAAGUAAAGGCGUCCUUAUUAAUUGAGCAGAGAGACCUUGACGAGAGGGUUCGGGUCAGUGAAGAACAGCUUGAGAGUCUUCAGAACAGCAUCCCUCCUAAAUGAGCAACCUGCGUCCGCGCCGCUGCAGCGUAAUAUUGAGCUGUGGCAGUGGUUCACUUAUUCAUGCUCAACCACAUAUACAAUAAGAAAGCUAACAUUGGGUGCUUGGGUUUGGGUGUAGAAAUACGAGAAUUUGAGUGGUUUCGUUUUGUUGGCCCUUUCUAUGUUUUUGUCUACUAGUGAUCACAGAUCCCGAUAGCUUUGAGGGAAUCGUCUGGGAAAGGUGACACAAGGGCACGCUGUUUUCAAAAUACCUACAAUGCAAACAAAGUGCAUUACUGUUUAAACUACAUUAAAAUCAUUUCAGUCUCGUUAGGUAGUAUCUUGCACCACAGAUAUUCUGCACAAUAAUGUCUGUGGGAAUUAUUUAUACAAAAUUGGGGUUUACUACGUAACUCAAAACACAUCACCACACAUUAAUCUUGUUAAAGUCAAGGGUGUUUUUUUUUUAAUACUUGUUUCAAUUCCCACCUCACAGAUAAAAUUAGUUAUAGGAGUCUUACCUUAAAAUGAGCUUGCACUGUUUGGAAUAAUCAUGAAAAUCUGCCCAGUAACACAGUUUAUCCAAGUGAUGCUGCAGGAAACGAAGAUCGCUUUUAUAAACUACGAUCUGAAUAAUAAACUGUUAACUGUUUAAUCCUGCCGUAUGAAAUGAUGGAAUCGUAAUCGUUAUAUUCACUAAUUCCAAGGCUUUUAAGCUCUGUAAUCGUAUGCAUCAGUUUAUAUUCUGAAUCAAAAACACAAACAACAAACUCAACAUGGGGAGCAUAAGAAAGCAGACAUUUUUUUUAUUUCAUAUUUUACCGUUGCUUAUGUAUUUUGUAAAAUAAGUAUGCAGUGUUGUAUAUACAGUAUUUUAUUGUUUUUUAUUUAGUUUAGUUCUCUGUGAAUGUGUGAAUUUAAGUGAAUUUGAACCACUGUGUUCUUUGAGGUGUGCAUAUUUUUUAUUACCAUCCUUGUUUAUCCAUGUCUGCAUUGGUCUGGAUGGCCUGUCAAUGUAAAAGACACCUGCUUUGCCUCCGAGACCCAGGUCCAAUCUUGAGACUUGCCAGAGAACUGUAUUCACUGAGUGUUUAUGGUUUCAUCCUGGAUCGGUGUGGACAACACAAUAUGUCCACACGGAUCCAGUUGUGCCAGUUGUGGCCAACUGGCACAACUGGCAGUUGGCCAGCUGCAGUCACACUUGCCUUGUAAAGCACUUGAGAUAUUUCUGUGAACAAACAAAACUGUAUACUAUGCAUUUAAGAAUGUCCUUUGUUAAUACAGAUACAUUAAACUUGAUUUUCCCAGCCAGGGAGACCUGUUUGCUUUCCUCUUUUGAAGAUUUGCAUGCAUAUUUAUAGGACACACAAAAAAAGAUUUUGGAAACAUUGUGAAAGUGUAUUCAUAUUCGUCUUCCUAAAUGCACUUCAGCUGUGUUCUAAUCAUUCAGCUGCUGUUUGUCUGAACCCUCGUGAUGCUGGGUUUAUGAAUCCCUGUAACAUAUGGAUGUAACUAUGUUUUUGAACAGCGGUUACAUACAUUUAUGUAUACCUAUAAAUAAAGUCCUUGAGUUCAGAUUGCUUAAAA